UUCCCGCCGCAGGCGCGGUGGCCGUGGCCGAGUUCGUGGCCGAGAGCUCCCGGCUGCUGCGCCUGGACCUGCGCGAGAACGACAUCAAGACCGGGGGGCUGAUGGCGCUGUCGCUCGCCCUGCGCGUCAACCACUCCCUGCUGCGCCUCGACCUCGACCGCGAGCCCAAGAAGGAGGCGGUGAAGAGUUUCCUGGAGACGCAGAAGGCGCUGCUGGCCGAGAUCCAGAACGGCUGCAAGCGGAAUUUCGUCCUGGCCCGGGAAAAGGAGGAGAAGGAGCAGCAGCUCCGGCUCUCGGCCUCCAUGCCGGAAAUCCCCGGGAACGAGGAUCCCGAGGACGACCCCGGAAUUCCCGGAAUUCCCGGGGGAGCCUCCCCGGAGGAGAACGGGAACGCGGCCCCGGGCGGAGAUUCCAGCUCGGACACGGAGGAGGAGGAGGAGGAGGAGGAGGAGGGGAAGGACUCGAGGGAGGUGCUGGAAUCCUGCGGGAAUUCCGGGAAUUCCGGGAACGCCGAGCGCAGGAUUUCCGUCUCCAGCCCCGGCAGGGGGAGGAAGAUUUUCGUGGUGACGCGCGUGGAAAACGUUCCCGAGGGAUCCGGGAUCAUUCCCGAGGGAUCUGGGAUCAUUCCUGAGGGAUCCGGAGCCGUUCCCGAGGGAUCCGGAGCCGUUCCCGAGGGAUCCGGGGCCGUUCCCGAGGGAUCCGGAGCCGUUCCCGAUGGAUCCGGGGCCGUUCCCGAGGGAUCCGGGAUCGUUCCCGAGGGAUCUGGGAUCAUUCCCGAUGGAUCUGGAGCCGUUCCCGAGGGAUCCGGAGCCGUUCCCGAGGGAUCCGGGAUCGUUCCCGAUGGAUCUGGAGCCGUUCCCAAGGGAUCUGGGGCUGUUCCCGAGGGAUCCGGGGCCGUUCCCGAGGGAUCCGGGGCCGUUCCCGAGGGAUCCGGGAUCGUUCCCGAGGGAUCUGGGAUCAUUCCCGGGGGAUCUGGGAUCAUUCCCGAUGGAUCCGGAGCCGUUCCCGAUGGAUCUGGAGCCGUUCCCGAUGGAUCCGGGGCCGUUCCCGAGGGAUCCGGGGCCGUUCCCGAGGGAUCCGGGAUCGUUCCUGAUGGAUCUGGAGCCGUUCCUGAUGGAUCCAGGGCCAUUCCUGAGGGAUCCGGAGCUGUUCCUGAUGGAUCUGGGAUCAUUCCCGGGGGAUCUGGGAUUGUUCCCGAGGGAUCCGGAGCUGUUCCCGAUGGAUCUGGGAUCAUUCCCGUGGGAUCUGAGACUGUUCCUGAAGGAUCUGAGGCUGUUCCUGAUGGAUCCGGGGCCGUUCCCGAGGGAUCCGCAGCUGUUCCCGAGGAAUCUGAGACUGUUCCCGAUGGAUUUGGGACAAUUUCUGAUGGAUCCGGAUCCAUUCCCAACGGAUCCGGCGCCGUUCCUGACGGACUUGGGGCCGUUCCCGAUGGACCCGGAUCCGUUCCCGAUGGAUCCGGAUCCAUUCCUGACAGAUUUGGGGCCGUUCCCGACGGAUCCGGAUCCAUUCCCGAGGGAUUUGGGGCCGUUCCCGACGGAUCCGGAUCCAUUCCCGACGGAUCUGGGGCCGUUCCCGAGGGAUUUGGGGCCGUUCCCGAUGGAUCCAACGCCGUUCCCGAGGGAUUUGGGGCCAUUCCCGACGGAUCCAGCGCCGUUCCCGAGGGAUUUGGGGCCGUUCCCGAGGGAUCCAACGCCGUUCCCGAGGGAUUUGGGGCCGUUCCCGAUGGAUCCGGAUCCAUUCCCGAGGGAUUUGGGGCCGUUCCCGAAGGAUCUGGGGCCGUUCCCGAUGGACCUGGAUCCAUUCCCGACGGAUUUGGGGCCAUUCCCGACGGAUCCGGCACCGUUCCCGAUGGAUCUGGAUCCAUUCCUGAUGGAUCCAGCGCCGUUCCCGACGGAUUUGGGGCCGUUCCCGAGGGAUCCGGCGCCGUUCCCGAUGGAUUUGGGGCCGUUCCCGAUGGAUUUGGGGCCGUUCCCGACAGAUCCGGCGCCGUUCCCGAGGGAUUUGGGGCCGUUCCCGAGGGAUCCGGCGCCGUUCCCGAGCUCCCGCGCGCGGCUCCGGCCCCGGUUCCCGAACUGUCGCGGGCUCAGGGCGGAUCCGCGGGAAUUCCCUGCGGGAGCCCUUCCCGGGAUUCGCCGCUUCCCAACGGGCUCAAGGCGGAUUUCGCCCGGGCGCUGCCGGAGCCGGGCCCGGAGGGCGACGGGAAAUCGGGAAUGGGCGAGCACGAGCUGAGCUGCUCCCGGAACGAGCAGGAGCUGCAGGAGCUGCUCCUGGAGGCCAGCCUGGACACGGCUCCGGAGCCGCUCUGAGCGCAGGUUCUGGAAAAGGGGGAGGCUCCGGAGCUUUUCCUCUCUUCCCGCUUCCGCACAAGAUUCCAACCAAACUUCGGGAUUUUUCGGGAUUUUUCUUGGAAAAGAAAAACGGACGGAAAACGCAAAACGAAAAAAAAAAAAA